UUCGUGUUUACGUGUUUCUCGUGGAGCAAUUUGCUCCGUUGUUUUCACGUAAAAUUAUAUUAAUUCCGUGUGGAAACCGGCCUUGUUCCUCUUUGCCAUCAUGGAAUAUAUGAAUACCGGUGAUGACUCCGCGAUGGUCCCAUCAGAUCCGGCAAAAAACAGAAUUCUUUGCUGUGAGUGCGGAACUCCUAUCGAGCCGAACCCGUCCAAUAUGUGUGUUGCUUGCCUGCGGACCCAUGUAGACAUAACGGCCAAUAUUCCCAAACAGGCAGUGAUUUUCUUCUGCCGAAACUGCGAACGCUACUUGAAUCCACCGAGCGAAUGGGUUCAAUGCACUUUGGAAUCUAAGGAGUUGCUAUCUGUGUGUUUGAAACGUCUAAAAGGUUUGAAGGAGGUCAAGCUUGUUGAUGCUGGUUUCAUUUGGACGGAACCGCAUUCUAAAAGAAUAAAGGUAAAGCUAACGGUUCAUGGACAAGUUAUGGAUGGAGUGGUACUGCAGCAGGUGUUUGUCGUGGAAUUUACUGUGAAUAACCAGAUGUGUGAUGACUGUCAUCGAACCGAAGCUAAGGACUUCUGGCGCUGUUUAGUACAGGUUCGUCAGAAAGCCACCAAUAAGAAAACACUUUUCUAUUUGGAACAAAUGAUCCUGAAACACAAGGCACACGAGAACACGCUGGGAAUAAAGCCAUCACCCUCCGGAGGGUUGGACUUUUACUAUGCUACGGAUGCUCAUGCUAGAAAAAUGGUCGAUUUCGUACAAGCAGUACUUCCGGUAAAAAUCACCAAUUCGAAGAAGCUGAUUUCGCACGACAUCCAUAGCAACUCGUACAAUUAUAAAUAUUCCUAUGCAAUUGAUGUUGUUCCGAUUUCUAAAGGAAGUUUGGUUUGCCUAAACAAAAAACUCCAACAGCAACUUGGACAUAUUUCACCAAUCUGCUUGGUUGCCAAAGUGGCCAAUUCAGUCCAUUUAAUCGAUCCACGAACAGCUCAGAUGGCAGAAGUUCAAAAUAUGGCAUUCUGGAAGAAUCCAUUUGAGGCUAUCUGCAAUCCUAAACAAAUGGUUGAGUUUAUCGUGAUGGAUAUUGAAAUAGUUCGAGAUAAUGAGAAGAAAAACUUUCCUGGUCAAGGCCCGGUUUCAUUCCGACACAUCAUAGCCGACGUGUGGGUUGUAAAGGCUUCCGAGUUGGGAAUCAACGAGAAUACGAUUCACACACGUUCCCAUUUGGGUCAUUUGCUAAAACCGGGAGAUUCCGUCAUGGGGUUCGAUCUACAGGAUGCCAAUAUUAAUAAUACAGAGUUUGAUAAACUUAAACAGGACUCCGUUCCUGAUCUUCUGUUGAUCAAGAAGUACUACGAUAAAUCUGCUAGGAAGCAGACGAGAAAUUGGAAGUUGAAACAUCUUACCGAAGAUGUCGCUCUUGAUACGGACAUCGAAAAUGACUACAAUGAAUUCCUGGAGGACUUAGAGGAAGAUGCUGAUUUGCGGCAAAAUGUGAACAUUUUCAAGGACAGUUCGAAGACCAUUCCGGUGGAUGUAAACGACAUGCCAGAUCCGUCAGUUCCCAGAAUUACACUGGAAGAAAUGUUGGACGACUUAGUUUUGGAUGACGUCGAAAUGGCAGGAGCAAAUUAAUGAACAUGAGUUUUUGUUUUGUUACAAAAUAAAUUACCAUUUAUUGAGACAUAUUUUCUUGUAAUUGUACAGAAAAUACAGUGGAAAGCGUACCAAUUGAAAACAAUCAA